UCCAGACUCUGCCGCUGGCUGUGGUGGUCCCUCCCCAUGAGGGGAUGCUCCCGUCGCCAUGGCGACCCGCACUGGCCUGGGGCCACGCUGACCCCUCCCUCCACUCCCAGCGGCUGAGUUUGCUGCUGUUGCUGCUGCUGCCAGGACCCCAGGUCGCCCCUGGCAUGGAGGACCCCACCUUUCCCCACCCGGGGGAGAGCUCGCAGCCCCCGCCGCGGGCCUGCCCCUGGCGCUGCUCCUGUCCCCGGGAUGACACGGUGGACUGCGCCGGCCUGGACCUGCGGCUGUUCCCCGACAACAUCACCAGGGCCGCUCGGCACCUCUCCCUGCAGAAUAACCAGCUCCAGGAGCUCCCAUACAACGAGCUGUCCCGCCUCAGGGGCCUGCGGACCCUCAACCUGCACAACAACCUCAUCUCCUCCGAGGGCCUGCCUGACGAAGCCUUCGAGUCCCUCACCCAGCUGCAGCACAUCUACGUGGCCCACAACAAGCUCUCGGCAGCCCCCCAGUUCCUGCCCCGCUCCCUCCGUGUCGCCGACCUGGCUGCCAACCAAGUGGCGGAGGUCUUCCCGCUCACCUUUGCACUGAGGUCCGUGUACCUCCACAACAACCAGCUGAGCAACGCGGGCCUGCCCCCUGAUGCCUUCCGCGGCUCAGACGCCAUCGCCACCCUCAGCCUCUCCAGCAACCGGCUCAGCUACCUGCCGCCCAGCCUGCCCGCCUCCCUGGAGCGGCUCCACCUGCAGAACAACCUCAUCUCCAAGGUGCCCCGAGGAGCUCUGAGCCGCCAGACCCAGCUCCGCGAGCUGUACCUGCAGCACAACCUGCUGACGGACAGCGGCCUGGAUGCCACGACCUUCAGCAAGCUGCACAGCCUCGAGUACCUGGACCUGUCCCACAACCGGCUGGCCUCGGUGCCCGCAGGCCUGCCCCGGACCCUGGUCGUCCUGAACCUGGGCCGAAACCACAUCCGGCAGGUGGAGGCGGCCCGGCUGCGGGGGGCCAAGGGCCUGCGCUACUUGCUGCUGCAGCACAACCCGCUCGGGGCCUCGGGGCUUCCGGCCCGGGCGCUGCGGCCACUGCGGGGCCUGCACACGCUGCACCUGUACGGCAACGGGCUGGACCGUGUGCCCCUGGCACUGCCCCGCCGCCUGCGGGCCCUGGUGAUGCCUCACAACCACGUGGCCGUGCUGGGUGCCCGAGACCUGGCCGCCACGCCUGGCCUCACUGAGCUCAACCUGGCCUACAACCGCCUGGCCAGCGCCCACGUGCACCACCGGGCCUUCCACCGGCUGCGUGCCCUGCGCAGCCUGGACCUGGCAGGCAACCAGUUGACCCUGCUGCCUGCGGGCCUGCCCGUGGCCCUGCACACCCUGCGGCUGCAGCGCAACCAGCUGCGGACCCUGGAGCCUGAGCUCCUGGCUGGGCUCGACCAGCUGCGGGAGCUCAGCCUGGCGCACAACAGACUCCGCGUGGGUGACAUCGGGCCCGGCACUUGGCACGAGCUGCAGGCCCUGCAGGUGCUGGACCUGAGCCACAAUGAGCUGUCCUUCGUGCCCCCCGACCUGCCCGAGGCCCUGGAGGAGCUGCAUCUGCAGGGCAACCGCAUCAGCUCCGUGGGCCCCGAGGCCUUCCUGGGCACGCCCCGCCUGCGUGCCCUCUUCCUCAGGGCCAACAGGCUCCACAUGACAAGCAUCUCGGCCGAGGCCUUCCUGGGCCUCCCGCACCUGCGCGUGGUGGACACGGCAGAUAACUUGGAGCAUGUCCUGGUCCAGCUGCCAUCCACAGUACCGCAGCGGCCACGGCGGGGGCCUGAGCCGAGAGGGACCUAGCUGAGCCGCCCUGGCCCCUGGGGCUGCCCCGGGUGUGGACUACAGAGACACGGGCCACCUGGGGCCUGGGACUCAGGGCCUGGGCCUGCUCUGCAGGAGGGGAGCUGGCUCAGGCACUGGCUAGUUCCGCCCUGUGCACAGCUACCAGGGGAGGGCCUGAAGCGCAGGCCGAAGCUCGCUGGCCUCCAGGUUCCCAGUGUGAGGACCACCCCCGCCCUGUCCCAGAUGGAGGUGGCACAAUAAAGCCGAAGCUUUCCAGCCCUCCCGGGGCCAGGCGCG